AAAUUAGUCCCUGUGUGAAGCAAUAUUUCUGUAAGACAUUGCCUCGAUGCACAUCCAUAGCCUACUGACGUUACGUAGGCGACAGCAAACGAAGAACCCCACGCCGAAUUGUUGUCGUCUUUUAAAUUUGUAUUUUGUUGUUGGAGGCAUUGAAAGUCUAUUAUUAUCAAGUGGAACAAGGAUACAAUUAAGUCAUGAGCAAAAGAGAAGGGGAAGGAUGUCCCCGCAAAAAGAAAACCGAUGGUACACAGAUUCAGAAGAACGAUCAACGUGAAACUUCUAACAUAAACCCAUCUUCAGCUGUGCUGUCUUCUUUCAGAGCGUUUCAGCAGGAGCUUGACACUAAACAUGACAAGUAUGAGCGACUGGUCAAGAUAAGUCGUGACAUCACAAUUGAAAGCAAGAGGACUAUUUUUUUGCUUCACAGAGUUACCAGUGUUCCAAAUGUGGAGGAAGUGUUGGAAGAAGCUGAUGGGAAGCUGGACAGUGUGAGGCAGAAGAUUGGGCAGAUUGCGGAGGAGCUGAGAGGGGAGGACUUGUAUCAGUUCCACAGAGCUUUCACCCCUGGUAUUCAGGAGUAUGUGGAGGCCGUAUCUUUCCAGCACUUUAUAAGACAUCGCACCCUCAUCAGUCUGGAGGAGAUCAAUGCAAGGCUGGUGUUUAUGAGGGGCGAGAAGGAAGAUGCCAAGAGUGACCAGGUCAUGACCGUGCGGCAGGAGCCGGCCGUGCUGACCUUCCAGGUGACCCCCACGGACUACCUGCUGGGUGUGGCCGACCUCACGGGCGAGCUGAUGCGCAUGUGCAUCAGCAGCGUAGGCAACGGCGACAUGGACACACCCUUCCAGCUGGGCGGCUUCCUGCGCGAAGUUCACGAUGGCUUCGCCUACAUCGGCAACACGGGCCCUUACGAGGUGUCCAAGAAGCUGCACACACUCCGACAGAGCCUGGCCAAGGUGGAGGACGCCUGCUAUACCCUUCGAGUGCGCGGCUCCGAGAUCCCCAAGCACAUGCUGGCUGACGUCUUCUCCAGCCGCGCCGUGCUCCUGGACCAAGAUGAAGGCAUGGCUUAACAGAGAGUCGGCCUGUGCUUCCCUUCUCAUGCUAAUUCGUUACGUUCUGCAUGGGAUGAGCAUUCAUGCAUGUUUUCCCUAUGUCGAGCCAUGUGUUGUUUUUUGUAGUUAUUUAGUUUGGGGGUGUGGAGUCUCUACAAGCUGGAUGCAAUCUCCAGUUAGAUGUGGACAUUUUGUUGGCUUUGUUGAAAAGCAUAUGGUUUGCUUGUUGCAAACUGCUAUUUCAUAAUGAUGUAAAUGUGAUUUAUGUCGCGUUCAGUUUAUUGGUUUACAUAUUUGCAUUGGAAUGCAGCAUUGAUAUCUUCAAUGUAUAUGACUUUUUAAUUAAAAAUUUUUGUUACAAA